AUGCAAACUAUCCAAGCUUUUCAUCUGGGCCGUUAUUUCUGUUCGAGGGUGGUGUCAAAGUUCAAUGCUGUCUCACAAAACGAGUGGAAUUCAGCUUUUAAAGCAGAGAUUGAUGCUGGAUUCUUUGAUACCGCACUCUCACUCUUCUCCUCCAUGCUAGCCUUAGGUGUUAGGCCUGAUCACUUCACACUUCCGCUCAUUAACCGUGCCGUUUCAUCACUGUCUGACUGGUUUGAUGUUGGGGAAGCAAUCCACUCACUUGGCAUUCGAAUGGGAUUUCAGAAUGAUAUCUUCUUCUGCAAUACAAUGAUGGAUGUGUAUGUGAAAUAUGGGUGGAUUAGCUCUGCUCAUUAUCUAUUUGAUGAAAUGCAUUAUAGAGAUGUGGUGUCUUGGACUUGCUUGAUUUCAGGUUAUGCACGGUCUGGAAGAGUUCUUGAAUCUCUUCGAUUGUUUCCUGAGAUGCGAAUGGCAGGUAUGGAGCCAAACGAGGUGACACUCGCAGUCAUGCUGCGGUCUUGUGCUGUGGAGAAAAACAUUUACUGUGGAAGAAAAUUAUAUGGUUUUGUUAUCAAAAGAGGGUUUGAAAGUCAUGAGUUGGUGCAGAAUACGAUCUUGAUGAUGUUUAGCAGGGUUGGUUAUCUUGAAGAAGGAGAGAAGUUCUUUGGCCAAAUUGAAAAGAGGAAUGUUAUACCAUGGAACAUCAUAAUGUCAGGAUAUUCUUUGUUUGGAGAUGUGCACAGAAUCGUUGAUUGCUUUGAGGAUAUGAUGUCCAAAUCUAUUUCUCCAAGCCAUGAGACAAUAACUCUGGUUAUCUCAGCGUUCACUAAGAGUGGCAAACUUCUCCAUGGCCAGCAGGUUCAUGCUUUUGCAGAGAAAGCUGGAUUUGCAGAUAUGGUCUGCAAGUCAUCUCUUAUUGAUUUUUAUGCCAAAUUUGAAGGGGAGCUUUCAUCAUCAAUCAAGUUAUUUGAAGAAUCGAAAGCAAGCGGAAUCAAUGUCUGGACCACGAUGUUGUGGGGAUUCAUUCAAAACAAACAAUUCCUGGAAGCCAUCCAUUUGUUCAGAAGAAUGCAGUGUCACGGUUUUGUGCCCAAUGCUGACAAUCUAAGGGCUUUAGUCCUUGCAUGCAUUCAACAAAGCACAUCAAAAUAUGGCAACACUGUACAUGGCUAUCUGAUCAGGAACAAACACAGCAUCAAUGGAGAUGUGGAAUCAUUGGAAACAUCUAUCCUAAACAUGUACAUGAAAAGCGGCUGUCUGUUGUCAGCGCAGAGGUUUUUUGACAGUAUCAUUGUCAAAGAUAUAGUGGCAUGGAGUUCAAUGAUGGAUGGAUACGCAAUUCACGGUCGUGGUUCUGAAGCUCUGCAAUUAUUCAAUCAAAUGCGAGAUGAAGGUGUUAAACCAAACAGUAUCACAUUUCUGAGUUUAUUAACAGCAUGCAGCCACUCUGGCCUCGUGGCCGAAGGUUGCAAAGUGUUCAAUAUCAUGACCGGAGAAUACGGGAUCAAGCCUGAGCUGAAUCAUUAUACUUGCAUGGUAGACAUUCUUGGCAGGUCGGGGAAGCUGAAAGAAGCUGUUGAAGUAAUCGAUAAUAUGAUAAUUGAUCCUGAUGCACGAAUUUGGGGUGCUCUUCUUGCCACUUGUAGAAUUCAUUCAGAUUGGAAACUGGCAACUUAUGCUGGUCAAAAGCUUUUAGAAUUGGAACCUGAUAACGUGGGGUAUCAUGUUGUUCUCAGUAAUGCUCAUGCUAGUGGUGAGAAAUGGGAUGAAUCUGAGAAAAUUUGGAAGAUGAUUAGUGAGAAGGAGAUGAAGAAAAAUCCAGGUAAGAGUGGUAUUGAAGUUCAGGAGGGGAUUCAUAUGCUUUGA